CGCGGCCCGUCGAUAUAUCCCAUAAUCCAAGGCGCCUGGCCUCUCUCCCUGUGCCACAAUGUCGAAGAGAGGUCGUGGCGGGUCAUCCGGAGCGAAGUUUCGCAUCUCCCUCGGUCUUCCCGUGGGGGCUGUGAUCAACUGCGCCGAUAAUACGGGUGCCAAGAAUCUGUACAUCAUCUCUGUCAAGGGGAUUAAAGGCCGGUUGAACAGGUUGCCAGCUGCUGGUGUUGGAGACAUGGUCAUGGCUACUGUGAAGAAAGGCAAACCAGAGCUCAGGAAAAAGGUGCAUCCAGCAGUGGUGAUACGGCAGCGGAAAGCGUAUCGGAGAAAAGAUGGGGUGUUCCUUUACUUUGAAGACAAUGCAGGAGUGAUAGUAAAUAACAAAGGAGAAAUGAAAGGCUCUGCAAUCACAGGCCCAGUUGCCAAGGAAUGUGCAGAUCUUUGGCCCAGGAUUGCUUCCAAUGCUGGAAGCAUUGCAUAAGAACUGUAAAGGUUUAAGCUGUCAAUACAAUUCAAUAAAUUUUUACCCAUCUGGAAACACGA